CCAGGGAAUAAAUCCAACCCCUUCUGGUCUUGUAGCCUCUUCCUCCUCCUCCUCCGCCUCCUCCUCCUCAGUGAAAGCUGCACAGCUGGCAAUUCACUGACAAAAAAGAAAAAACGUCGUAACAAGUAAUUUCCGCAAAUUGUAGCCGUGUUUGACCGAGGACAUGACCUGGAACGAAAACGGUGUUUAGCUAUAGUGAGAUUCCGUCUUAAAGGCGUCUUAAAGGAUUAAGGGUAUAAACUUGUGAAUUUUCAGGGUUUAAGAGCCAGCUCCCCUCUCUCCACUGGAACCGCUAUAACCUCAUCACACUGGCAUUAUAAGCUGAAAUAAUGGAGAAGUCGAGACGCAGGCAGCAGUUAGCAUUCAGCCUUCUGUUUAGCUUGUGGCUUCCAUGUUGUAUAACCCAGACCACACCGCCAAACAGAGCCACCCCGACGCCAUCUCCAUCCCCUCAGGCUCAGACUGAACAGCUUAAGGUCAGACUGUCUGGAUACCCUCGAAAACACAAUGAGGGGCGGGUGGAGCUUUUCUACAAGGGAGAGUGGGGAACCAUCUGUGAUGAUGACUUCUCGAUAGCCAACGCAAACGUUCUCUGCCGCCAGCUGGGCUUUGUCUCAGCCACAGGAUGGACCCACAGCGCCAAAUACGGCAAGGGCCAAGGAAAAAUCUGGCUGGACAACGUGUUGUGUAACGGAGGUGAGAAGAGCAUCGAAUUCUGCAGGUCUCGCGGCUGGGGCAACAGUGACUGCACGCACGAUGAAGAUGCUGGAGUUGUGUGCAAAGACGAGAGGAUUCCCGGCUUUGUGAACUCCAAUGUCAUUGAUGCGCAAGUUGACGAGAGCAAAGUGGAGGAGGUGCGACUCCGGCCUGUGGUGCCCAUUGCCAAGAAGAAGAUGCCCAUCACCGAAGGUGUGGUGGAGGUGAAAUACAAAGAUGGGUGGGCACAGAUCUGUGACCUUGGCUGGACAAUCAAAAACACCCAUGUGGUCUGUGGCAUGCUAGGAUUCCCACAUGAGAGGAAGGUCAACAAGAACUUCUACAAGUUGUAUUUGGAGCGUCAGAAGAACUACUUUUUCAUCCACUCUGUAGCCUGUACAGGUACAGAGGUCCACCUAGCAGCCUGCCCCAUGGAGUUCAGCAAAGCCAACACCACAUCAUCCUGCGCCGGGGGCAUGCCAGCUGUUGUCAGCUGCAUGCCAGGGCCCUUGUUUAUGCAAAACAGUGGCUUGAAAAAGAAACUAAGAAUUUCGAAAAAUGUGAGGCUGAAGGGAGGUUCCAGGGUCGGUGAGGGCCGCGUUGAGGUGCUAAAAGACAGCGAGUGGGGGACGGUUUGCGACGACCGCUGGAACCUGCUAUCAGCCAGCGUCAUUUGCAGGGAGCUCGGUUUCGGAAGCGCAAAAGAAGCGCUCACUGGCGCCCGCAUGGGACAAGGAAUGGGUCCAAUUUACAUGAGUGAGGUGAAGUGCUUCGGUCAUGAGAAGUCAAUCUGGAACUGCCCCUUUAAAAACAUCACAUCAGAGGACUGUCAACACAUGGAGGACGCUGCUGUUCGCUGCAACGUGCCUUACAUGGGCCUCGAGAACUCGAUCCGAAUCACAGGAGGACGAACCCGCUAUGAGGGCCGUGUGGAGGUGCUGAGCUCAGACCCUAACGGGACACAGAUCUGGGGUCUGAUCUGUGGUGAGAACUGGACCACCAAGGAGGCCACGGUGGCCUGCAGGCAGCUGGGCUUGGGCUAUGCUAACCAAGGCCUGCAAAUCCGGAUAGUGGGCGGCCGGAGCAGUUAUGAAGGCCGUGUCGAGGUUCAGGUUGGGUCCAAGUGGGGCACAGUGUGCAGCACAGGCUGGACCACGAAGGAGGCCAUGGUGGUUUGCAGGCAGCUAGGGCUCGGCUACUCCAUGCAUGCUAUCACUGAAACCUGGUACUGGGAUAGCAGUAACGUGACCGAGAUGGUGAUGAGCGGUGUGAAGUGUGUAGGAAACGAGAUGUCUCUGAGUCAGUGUCAGCAUCACAAGACGGUCAGCUGCCAGCGAGCAGCUGCAAAGUUUUCAGCAGGAGUCAUCUGCUCUGAGACGGCCUCGGAUCUCGUCCUAAAUGCACCUUUGGUGCAGCAGACGGUUUACAUCGAGGACCGCCCUCUGCAUAUGCUUUACUGUGCUGCAGAAGAGAACUGCUUGUCAAAAUCUGCUGCUAAGGCCAACUGGCCGUACGGACACCGACGCCUGCUUCGCUUCUCCUCUGAGAUCCACAACAUCGGUCGAGCAGACUUCAAGCCCAAGGCCGGGCGGCACUCAUGGGUCUGGCAUGCGUGUCAUGGCCACUAUCACAGCAUGGAUAUUUUCACACACUAUGAUCUGCUGAACGCAAACGGUUCCAAAGUGGCAGAGGGUCACAAAGCCAGUUUCUGCCUGGAAGACACUGAUUGUCAAGAGGGUGUUUCCAAACGAUACGAGUGUGCCAACUUUGGUGAACAGGGCAUCACUGUGGGCUGCUGGGAUUUGUACCGCCAUGACAUCGACUGCCAGUGGAUCGACAUCACAGACGUCAAACCUGGAAAUUACAUAAUGCAGGUUGUGAUCAAUCCAAACUUCGAGGUGGCUGAAAGUGACUUCACUAACAACGCCAUGAAAUGCAACUGCAAAUACGACGGGCACCGGAUAUGGCUGCAUAACUGCCACAUUGGUGAUGCAUUCAGUGAGGAGGCAGAGAGGAGAUUUGAGAAAUACCCUGGACAGCUCAACAACAAGAUUUCCUAAUCAACAAUAAUUACACAACAAUAUAAAAGCCAAAGUGGGGGUUUAAAAUAAUAAUCAUACGCCUCACUAGCUCAGAAAGAAAGACACAAACCCUUUGUUUUCAGGUGCUACAAAUCCCCACCAUGAAUUUCAGUUUGUAGCUAUUAGAAAAAAGCAACGCUUGUUGUUUUAUAAUGGAAAAUUCAAGUGGUGAUAUUUUUUCUCUCGUCUGAGUGUGUGCUAUAUUUUAUAAAGUCAGUCGUACAGUCUGUGUGAUGCAUGUACAGCCUUUUAAAGAACUGUUUUUGUGGCAAGUUCUGAAUGAAGUUUAUUUUUUCAUUUGUAUGGAUUUUUAUAACCAGAUUUAUUUUACAGACAGUAGGUACUAUCUAGCCUUGGAAGAGCAGACUGAGCAGGUUUUGAACUACAUGAAAAAAUGAAUAAAUCAGAGACACGAGAAGACGGGUGCAUCUGUCAAAGUCUAAGUGCUCUAAAAUCUAAGAUCAUACUGACUAUUAAAGUGAAUUUUUCCUGAGUAAUUCAUUUUGGUUUUUAGUUGAAUGGUUAAAUUGUUCAAAAUUUUCUUAAUCUUUGUUUACUCAAAUUUGUACAAAAGGUUUUGGACAACAAGGUCAACUCAGAUAUUUUGUGAAUGUAUUUAUUAUCAAUAUCAAGGUGCUCAAGACAAAUAGUUUAAGUGUAUUUUAGUCCUUGAGGGUGAAGACAGAAAAGUACUGCAUUUAUGCUGUUAUAAUCAUACCUGCCGCAUCCAAUAAAGCUGAGAAAAAUAGUGAUAACUCCAUUUGUGUAAAACUACACCAGUCAGAAGUUAUUUACUUUCAUAUUUUAAAGCAUUUCUCAGUUUGCUUUUAAAGUCCAACUGCCACGAUCAUUCAUCCCCCAGAAAACAAUUUUGUGUUCCUCAAAAUUGUACGUAUCAAAUUUGCUUCCAAUAAAA